AUGUGCCGCUUCAUGAUAUACAAGGGUCACGACCCUAUGGUGUUGUCAGAUCUUCUCACCAAACCUGCGCAUUCCAUCAUCAACCAGUCCUUUGACUCCAGGUUGAGACUUGACAUGAGAAAUCCCAUCAACGGUGAUGGGUUUGGGGUUGGAUACUACACCCCCAACAACCAGCCUUGUAUCUUCAAGGCCAUUACGCCGGCCUGGAACAACGUCAACUUGAACAACCUCUCGCAUGCGACGGAAUCCAAGUUGGUGUUUGGUCAUGUCAGAGCCUCCACCCAAGGUGUUCUCUCUGAGACGAACUGCCACCCAUUUCUGUAUGGAAAGAUCAUGUUCAUGCACAAUGGGGGUAUUCUGGCGUUCAAUUCGAUCAAGAAGAGGUUGAUAAACCACUUGGAUGACGAGUACUUCUUGUUUAUACAAGGCUCAACCGACUCAGAGUGCUGCUUUGCCUUGUUCUUGGACACCUUGCACAAGAUGGGGUAUGAUCCUGCUGACACCAACUUGAAGAUCUGCCACAACGUCUUGCGCAAGGCUGUUCUCACCACAAUCGAGCUCAUUAAGAACUGGCAGACUGCUGUCACCGACGAGCCUUCAUUGAUGAACUUUGCUGUAACCGAUGGGCUGCUGGUGGUGAUCACUCGUUACAUCACGUCCAAGAAGGACGAGGCUGCGUCGUUGCAUUUCAGCACUGGCUCCAAGUUCUUUGAGUACGAGCCUGGAUUGUUCAAGAUGGAGAGGUUGAACAGAUCCCAGGACGUUAUAUUUGUAGCCAGUGAACCGCUCACCUUCGAGAGAGGCGACUGGAUCUGUGUGCCCACAAACACAACCAUAACAUUGAGCAAGAACAACACCGUGCUAAUGCACCCUAUUUUAGAUGAGUUCUACGAUGGCGGAGUAGUUGAAAGGUCCUCGGGCUUGGCCAUGAGCAAGGGUUUGAUGGGAGGAGUGCCCAAAAAGAACACAACCACAGACAAAGCCGCCAACUUGAGUGCAGUGAACAGCGUCAAGCCAGAGCUUGCCAAUGUCAAGCCCCAGCCUGCUUCUUCUGCCAGAGAAACGAGUGCUAUAGCUGAUGAGGUUGACUCGUCUCUUGAUGUGUUGCCGCCCUUGCAACGAGAAGGUAGGAAGUUGUCCCAUAGCGUAUACUGA